UUUAUAUUUUUUAAUUUUUUUUUAAUUUAUUUAUAAUUUUUUUCAUUAUAUCUAUAUUUUUUAUUAUUAUUUAAAUUCUUGCGCGUGCGGAGCUGCCGCGCGUGGCCCCGCCUCCUCUCUCCUCUGAUUGGCUGAUUGUUUGACUGGGACAGACCCUCCUGAGCCCUGAUUGGCCCGUGGUGAGGUCAUGCUGACGUCAUGGCCCUGCCUCCUCUGCUGCUGCUGGUUGCCAUGACGAUCCCGGCUCAGGUGCUGAGUUCAGAGACGCUCCAAAGAAUCCGACGUUUCGCCAUCAACCCCCUGGGACAUAAGUGGGACCACCACAACCUCACCUACAGGAUCGUGGCGUUCCCGAGGAGCCUGAACCAGGACGACACUCGUAAAGCUCUGAGUUUGGCCUUCACCAAAUGGAGCGACGUUUCACCUUUGACCUUCACCGAGGUGUGGGCGGGGCCUGCUGACAUCACCAUAGGGUUCUACACGUUUAACCACACUGACUGCUGGGUGGCGCCGUUGCACCCGUGUUUCGAUGGUCUGAACGGCGAACUCGCUCACGCCUUCCUCCCACCGCGAGGAGAAAUCCACUUCGACAACCACGAGUUCUGGAUCCUGGGAAAGUCCCGCUUCAGCUGGAGACAAGGGGUGUGGCUGAACGACCUGGUGCAGGUGGCGGGGCACGAGAUCGGGCACGCUCUGGGUCUGUGGCACUCACGUGACCCCGAGUCCCUGAUGCACCCCAACGCCACGUACACGGGGCAGAGGAGCCUGGGGCGCGACGACGUCAGAGGGAUCCGCCGCCUCUACGGUUGUCAGGACAGGAAGCGUGUCUGUGAUCCUUGGGCUCGUCUUGGAUUCUGUGAACGACGCAAAAACUUCAUGAAAAAAAACUGUCCCCUGAGAUGUGACCUGUGCUACGAACCAGAGUCCGAUUCGAGUCCGACUCCUGCGACUCCGAACCUCAAGGUCAAGACGGUCCCCAGAGGAAAAGUGGUCGGGUUCAGGUGUGGAACCAAGAACCUGAGGAACGUCCCCAAGAUCAGCUGGUUUAAGGACGGGGAGCAGAUCCUGGGCUCGGUUCCGGGUCACAUCGUGAUGAAAGGUCGUGACCUCAGAAUCGUCGCCAACGAGUUCAACGAAGGAACCUACACCUGCCGAGUCCAUCGCCACGGCAACACGGUCACCGCCUCCUCCUGGUACAUCCGGGUCAAGAACCAGGACUGACCCGGGACCGAACCGGGACUGAACCGGGACUAAAGCGGGACGACUCUGUUCUCCUCAGCUGGGAUCACAGACUGCUGUAAAACGUUGGGGAUUUGAACUAGACCUGGUUUAGGUCCAAGUCUAGACCUGGUUGAGUUCUGAGUCUGAGUCCAUGUGACCCAAAAUAAAAU